AUGAUCAAGCAGGACAAUUUUGUGGAAGGAGCCACAUCCCAAGUUGUCAUUUCGGACUUUUCCGCCGCUGCAGUCAGAGCCUUUCUGCGCUUCCUGCACUUUGGGGAGAUAGAGCGGAGCCUUGCGACCAUCCUGGAAGUGGGCAUGCUGGCGGACAAGUAUGAAGUCACCAGGCUACACAAGCUCUGCACCGAAUAUGGCAAUAAGGUUCUGGAUCGUGAAGUUCAGUGCGCGGAGGCCUGCAAGAUGUUUGCGUUGGCAAAUCGCUUUCAGCACACAGAGUUCGGGUGGCGUGCUCUAGAAGUGAUACUUGGGAAGCCAGAAGAAGCAUUGAAGGCUCGACCCUCACUCAGCGCCCGGCUUGUGCGAGAAAUUCUGGCAACGGAAGCCCUCUGCCUAAACGGUGAGAAGCUCAUGUCUCUGAUGUCUAUUUGGGCCGAGGCAGACAGCACGGAGGCAAGCAAAGUUGAACACCUCCUUGAGGCUUAUGCAAAAGGUGUUGAGCAGGCCUAUCUGCGGCUCCAAACCAGAAACGCUCUAUUCGAUUUGAGCCCCAAGAUGUCAAAGAAAUGUGGCUUUGGCUGCGCAGAUCACGUUGCGUGCUUCCGGAGCAUGGAGCAGGAGCAGCGUGAUGCUGACAAGACCAAGAUGAUGUACAGCAGCGGC